UAACAUAUUGUGCCUUCGAGGAAAAGAUAUUUUGCGAACGUCACUAUGCCGAAAUAUUCAAGCCAAGAUGUAACGCAUGUGAUGAGACACUACGCCAGUACAAACACUCCCUAGGGAGAUAAAUAUGACAGUUAUGGCCUUUUCCUGCGUUCGUAAUAAACUUGUAGCUAGCGGAACUACAAAUGUGGUUGUGAAGCUACCAACAUUAUGCGUCACUUUUCUAUAGAAUUAACUACAAAAACAUUAUGUGACACGGCUAUUGCCAAGUACUUAAACAAAGUACAUAAAAUAUUUUUUUUUUUCGAUUGCGCAUUGUGCAUCAAUUUAAUGUAGUGUACGACUUUUAUGCAAUGGUUGAGCUUGAACUAAUUAUUUGUGAUGAAUUCUCGUUGAAACGUCGUCGAAUUAAAAACAAAGAAAUUAAAUAAAUUUGUGAAAUUGGUGAUCAAAUUGACGAUACUUGUGUCUAAGGAAAGGGAUUAACUUUUCCAUUUUUUUCUUUGUACUUGUUCAAAUAAUAAAUCAUAAAAAAUGGGUGUUAUGCUCUCCGUCUUGUGUUCAUAUAUGGGAGCGAUUGAGCUUGUGUUCAUAGUGCGUGAUGUGACCCAUCAACUUGCUCUGCAUCAAAUGCGUUCAAGAAAUGGUGAAGAACAAAGUGACAUAAGUGUGCUACAAAAUCGAAUAAGAGCAUCAAUAAGUGCACUAGAAACAGUGGACACAGAGUCCGUUGAGCAAAUGCAAGACGGUGUGUCGUACCAAAAUGGUUACCGAAUCGAGAAUGAACGAUCAGUUCAGGAAGCUGCUCAACAGUGGGACGAACGCAGGAAAGCUAUGUGUGUAGCAGAAGUGAACGUCACUUUGGAUUCACAGCACAAAUCCACUGUUAGCCAAGCAAACGGAAUCCAAAACGAACGAACGAAAAAUCUCAACGACGAGCCUAACGAACAAAAUAAUUAUCGACCAAUCGUACGCGAUGAUCGUACAGGUAGGAGAAAAGCUUUUAAAAAACGAAAUUCGAGUAGCUCGUCAAGCGACUCAAUUCGUCUGUCAAGAGAAGAGGAAUUAAAAAUGUUUACUUCAUUGGAAGAGGAAGAGUACAGGAACUCUUCAUUUACUCCGAUCAGUUAUUCAAAUGCAUCUCCGGCUAAUUCACAAAAAAUUGCCGACCCACCAUUCCAUGAAAAACAGAAAUUUGAUGCCGAAGCAUGGGGUAACAGGAAGCCGAGUAAUUACCACGAUUCCGCGUUAUGGAAACGGGAAAGAGCAACAUCAAUUGUGGAAGAAAGUGAAGGUAACAUUUCGCACUCGCCGCUGCCUAACUCUUCAAGCAAGAGACCAGUAGGAACAGCAGAUAAACCGUCAAGUAAAACAUCACAUGAAAAAGAUGAUGAAUACGCUUCAGUUUCACAUGCAUGUGAGUCGAUUGAUGAAAUAAUUACAGAGGAAAAUCCGGAUGUCGUACACGAACCGAACCACAUGAUUAAAAAAGUUGAUAAUUUGCCCAAUUUGAAUCACUAUUUCAACGAUGCACUGAUGAGUGAGGUUGAAGAGACGAACAAAUAUAAUGUUGACACUCCCAUGACUCCAAUGUCAGUUGAUAAACCGUUUGACUAUCUCGACACCAAGUCACGUGAUGCCAGAUCAUCUACGGUAUACAGUAGAUCAGAUAGUGACAGUUCCAGUCUGUAUCGCAAGUCAAAUUCAAGGGAUUCCAGUUCGAAUACUGAAUAUGAUUACCCAAGAUACGACAGAACGGAUAGUACGAACAGUUUCAUUCAGGACGAACUGGACAGCGAAGAGUAUCAUCACCAUCACAGAUUUAGUAUGACUGCCGAAGCGUUGGAGUAUAUUCGAGGACGGGACGAUUGGAGAGAUCAUACGGAAAAUAUAUUGAAUAAUCGAUAUCGCCGCCAGUCGAGUAAUAUUCGCAUUCGUGAACAGAUUGAUAGUGACGAAUACCAUCAUGAUCGGAAACUAAGCGAUUUGGUGGAAAUUGCAUAUCUAGACGCAGAGACCAUAAAGUCGCUACCAUCCAGCUUCAACGAAGGUGACAUGUUCGAUCGUUACUACUUAGAGCUUCAACAGAUCAAAGGUCAAUUAUCUAAUGACAUCGAACAGAAUGUUGCUCAGAAGCAAGUCAUUUUAUUAGAUUCCAGCGAAAUAGAAACCGCUGAGGGUUACGUUUAUCCUCUUCCCGAUAUCAUACUUGACCAAGUCAGUGAUAAUGAUGAUGAGACGUAUGCAGUAGAACAAAUAGAUUCAGACUACUCAAAUCUGAGCGAAAGUGAGGAUGACAUACAGUCGGUCAUAGAAGUAAAUCACAGCAAUUCAUAUGAAGGUGAAGUUAUUACUACACUCAAUAUGGACGGUGAUGAUGAUGAAUUGAUUGAAGUUACUUUGUGGGACAUUCAUGACGACAUAACUAUAGAACAUUCUUCGAAAGAAUCCUCAGUUGAAAUUAUUAGUCUUCCCAACGAAUAUCAGAUUGGGGAUCAAAUAUUUGAGCUAGAGACUGCUAGCAAUACCAGCGAAGUUAUGUCAGAAUCGAUUGAAAGUAAUAAUUUGGGUCAAAUAGCUAACAAAGAUAUUACUAGUAACAAAGCAACUGACGCGUUAUCUGAACAAUCGAAAAAUUCAAAUAUUGAAACGGGACAAGACGCAUCCAAGAAAGAUGUAAAAAAGCCAAAAAGAGUAGGUUUCACAUUAGAAAACAAUGCUGGAAUUGAAGUUCAAACAGCAACGAACGAUAGUAAGAACUCAAAUACGUUGCAAGAGGAGAGUCAAACAAAAUCGGAAUCUUCGUCUCAAGUUGAAGAUAAAUUACUGGGUGCGGUUCGACAAAACAUUAACCAACGUUCUACAUCAGCUGGAAUGGAAAGCAGUAAAUCAUUUAUUGCACAUGAAAGUUCAACAUCGGCUCAAGAGUCGAGCAGACAUACCACUAAAACUGCUGAAACGCCCAAAAUUGUAGCCGAACGAAAAAAAGAAAUUGACGACUUAAUAAAAGAAGGAAGUAUGGGUGUUUGGUUUCAUUAAUUAAUGGCUUUUUGUGUGCGAAUAUUUUUCUUUAGUGAUUUUAGUUCAAUGUUAAAUGAAAAAUUAAGAAAACAAAAACUGGAAAUAAAAACAAAACUUAUUUCGAAACACAAUAAAUUUACCGAAAAUUUUAGAGUCCAACCACCACAGAAGUAUUUGUUGAAACUCACUAUGAAUACAGUUAAAUACAGUAAUAGAACAUGUCGGCAGAAAUAGAACUAUUUAUCUAUUCGAUUGUAAAUUUCUAAUUUCUACUUACAUCGUACAUGUCUCAAGAAAUUAUAGUAGAAAAUUCGACUUUCAUUUUUAUUACAAUUCGCUAAUGUGCCAUGUCCCCUCUCUGCAUCUAACAACUCAAUAGCACUAUAGCAGGUCAUUUAUUUAAUAUUAUAUGAGGAAUAUGCAGGGUUCAUUGCAACCAUUGCAGCAUGUGAUUUUCGUAGAUUUCGCCUCUCAUGUCGAUAUACCUACCUAGGCACAAUGUCACACUAUCUUUUCUAGUAUUUGAAAAUUAGACUCUACCUACAGUUUCUAACACUUCCAGUCUAGCCUCAGGAGAUAUGAGUACUUACAUUAUCACUGUUGACAAUCGUUUCGAUCGUCUCUAAGCGUGUGACUCAAAAUAAAUUGUACGACAGACAGAUAUGCAUUGAAUUAAAAUAAUAGGUUCAAUGAGCAUGACCCUUCUUAUUAAUUCAAAUUAGAUUUUUACUCUAAUGAUGCUUUACAUAUACCGGUAUGAAAUGGUGGAGAUGCCAUGCAUUCAACCAAUAUAACAGUAUAACAGUUUCUUUUAUCUAAUUUCUAAUGUUUUCUUGUUUUGAGUUGAAACACAUAGAACAGAAGUGAGGAGAAAAUUUUGUAAGGAAUUGUUCAAAAUAAAUAAGACUGAGAAAUGUCGUUUCAAGAAUAAUUUCUUUUGCAAUCGUCAGAUAAUUUCUUUCUGGUAAUUAAGGAUGUCAAUCGGUUCUUGUAAUCUUCAUUCUGGUAAAGUAUCCUCCCUACUGUAGACAAUCAUCGGUUGCCUUUGUUCUGCCAUAAAAGCAUAGCCAGCACUAAAAUCGUGAUUGAACGUCCAACCAUUCAAUGAAAAAUGUUCAUUUAAAAUUCCUUUCAUUAAAAACCGCUAAUAACGAAAAAAAAAAACGAAAGUAAUGAGCGCGAAUUAAUCUUUGAAUUCUUGUGUGCACUUGCACAGCCAUUCAAAUGAUUGAAAUAUAUUGCAAUACCAGUUCAUUUAUAAAUUUAUUUAUAAAUUUGUGAUUGUCCUUUAAAACCAGAUUUGUAAUACAUAAGAACAGUGAAAGAUGCGCGAAUAUAUUUUGUGACUCUCUAUAUAGGAUCUGUAUAGUCUGUUUCGACAUAUUCUUUUUCGCUCUUUCUAUGUGUAAAAAUGUGAAAUUCGACUGCAAUUUAUUUAACGUGUAAACUGAAAAUACAUUUUCCACCUUACACUCUCGUCAACAACCUACAACAGAGUUUAUAAAUAAUAUUUGAAUAAAAUUUUCAUCUGUUCUUCAUACAAAUUUAUGAAUUCAUAGAUCAUCGGUUGGUUGGCUCGGUUGGAUAAUAAUGUAGAUAGAUAAUAAAAUAUAAACGCAAAAUAAAAUAAAAGGUAAAAUGGCCUAUAGCAUUACAUACCAUUCGAAAUAUUUGUGGAAACAAAAUUAAAUUUUGUAAUUUUAAAUAUAUCGAAUAAUUUUAUACAAGCUUGCCGGUGCCGGCGCUCGUCCAAAUAACUUUUAUUCACGCCAGAAGAGAAGAGGUGUAACGACGUUAAUAAAUGAGACUCGAAAUUA